AUGCCCCCGACAUCCCUCGGAUGCAACGCCCUCGUCCGUGCCAUACCGCGCGCGCGUCUUUGCACAACCCGCUCGUCACGCCGUGUCGCUCUUUUCUACUCAGAAAACGACGAAUUCAUCGACCAAGCAUCGAGUUUUGAUGACUUUUUGGUCCCAGAGCUCGCGAGCGCGUCGUUAACGGUCGAUACAUCGUGCCCGAUCGGCACAGGCGCAUUCUCGGAGGUCUUCAUAGGAAUCUACGACGGUGACGACGUGAUAUGUAAGCGAUUUAGGUCGGACGUGCGAGGUCGAGACGUUGAAUCAUUUUAUGUAGACGAAUUAGAGAGCGCGCGGGCGUUGAAGACGUGUUCAGGCGUGGCGCCCUUCAUCGGAGCGUGCGGGUUGAUGCAGUGGCUGAUUUGGAAAAACGUUGGAACGAUGACGUUGGAAAACGCGUUAGAUCUCGGAGUCAACGCCCUGGCGAUGGUACGGAAGACGUUGAAUCGAGAGGAAAGCGACGCGGCGACGCUGCGAUUUCUGGCGCGAGAAAUGUUUGAGGCCACCGCAAGCGUGCACGGGUUUGAGUUCAUCCAUCGCGAUAUCAAGCCGGCGAACGCGAUUAUAGACGAGAGAAACGGUAAAAUUGUGUUGUGUGACGUCGGGGCGUGCGCGGACGUGCGAACGGGGAGGAACAUGAGCGGGGACGAGGCAAUUUUUGAUCCCACGUAUGGCGCACCCGAGCAAUUUCAAGUUGUAGCAAAAAGGAAUUCUACGUUCCCGAACAUCGGCGGUUUGUUCGGGAGAAAGCCGGACGAGGCGGAGACGUUGGAAUACGAAGCGACGGGCGCGACGCCGACGGAACUUCUGGACGCGUUUAGUCUUGGCGUGACGCUGCUUCGCGUGGGCGUUCCGAGUCUACGCUCGGCGGGCGCCAUUGCUCGCGCGCGGCGAGACAUCGACGCAUGUGGGGGCGACGUCGAGACGUGGCGAAGGAAUGUGUGCGUUCCGGGCGUGAACGACUGGUCGUUAGUGGACGAAACCGGCGUGUGGAACCUCAUAGCUCAUCUCACGGAUCCGGAUCCAAGCGCGCGUUUGUCGGUGCGACGGGCGCUCGACGAGGAUUAUUUUUUCAGGCAAUGA